ACGGUGUGCGCUGGCGCAGUAAAGGAGCGCACCACGUAACGUUAACCGUGUCCAAUCAGCGCGGUGAAUGAUGGCGAUGUCUGUGCUGUGUGUUAGCAGCUACGAGCAGGGCUAGACAGUCAGUAUGGCGGAGAGGAGCAAGGCAGACGAUUCAGAGGGGCUAGAAAAACAGUUAGAGAGUCUGUUAAGCAGCUACACAGGUGACGAACUCGGACUCGACAGCGAAACGUUCUGCGCUGACUUUUGUAAGUUGGUGGAGCAAAGCGCAUCUCGCUGGCGGGUGCCGCUGCCCCAGCUCAGGAUCCUCGAAAUAGCUCUCCGCUGUUUUUCUCAAGCCUCAUCCUUCCUCCCAACGAACUGUGACCACGUGCAGCACACCAUCAGUAGCCUGGCUUUGAGUGUUUUUGAGUUGCUGCUGUACUUCACCCAGAAGGACUUCAGCGAAGAGCCGCUUCAAAACGUCGCCGCUACAUUCCAGGAAUGCCAUUCGGCUCUAGCAAAGUAUCAGAAUGUUUACCUACUUCAAGUGGAGUGUAUGGUCCAGGCCGGGGGUCCGUGGGCCAGUCCAUCCUUACAGGCAAUCCUCAGUGAACCCAGUUUACCUCAGAAUGAAGUGGACGGCUACAUCGGCUCUGAAAUGCCCGUGUUUUUCGAGCUCCGCGUGCGCUACCUUUCGUUUUGCGGACGCGUUAGCGAGGCCGUGGCCCUGGCUAAAUUUUGCGUUAAGCAUCCUGCAGCAAGACAACACUUGUUCUUCCACCAGGUUUACCUCUCGUGGCUUUACAAAACGUUACAGCAUGAACUCUUACAAAAAGAGGUGGCUGACGUUAAUGGUAAAGAUGCAGUACUCAUAAUCUGCAACUUGGAGUGUGAAGAAACAGACAAGCUGCUUUUAGCUCUCAGCACUGUUUUCCUGAGACAGCAACUCCAGAGAGGAGAUAUGUACUGUUUGUGCGACCUAGUUCGUGUGUGGACUAAUCUUCACAGUCGGUUAAAGACGUCCAAGCAUGUUCUUCUAGAGGAGUGUCGUCAGCUGAUGUUCUCAGCCACAAAUGUUAAAUCAAUUUUCCCAUUCAUCAGAGCCAUACUGCAAGAAGUGGGUGAUGAUGGGAUCCAUUUCUGCGUGGAGCUCUGUGCUAACGCCCUGCAGUCUUGUCUUUCCUGUGACGUCCUCACAAAAACCCUCAUCUACAAAACCAUCGCCGGCUUGCUACCCGAUGACCUGGAGGUCUGCCGGGCAUGCGCUCUUCUUGUCUUCUUCUCGGAGCGCACGGUUGAAUCCUACAAGAUGGUUUACCUUCUAUACAUGCUCCCUGAUCAGGAGUACCACGUGGACGACAGCCCAAUAGGAAAUAAUGUUCGCUUUGAAACUCUCCAGAUCUUGAAAAAGGAUCUGUAUUUCGACCCUGAGUUUUGGAACCUCGUGGCUUUGCGGACCAACUGUUUGAAAUUGCUGAGCGAGAAGGUGGUUAGUGCUGCUCUGGAAGAAAUCAUGGAGGACAAAUGGAUCUCCAAGUAUUCCACCAAAGAGUUCGCUCUCCGAUCGUGCGCAACAGUUUGCCAUAGAGGAGCUAGGAAUAAACUUGAUGAUGCAACUAAGAAGCGACAUCAUCAAGACAAAGUUUAUCAAAAAGAGUCAGACACCGCAUCCAAAAGACUCAGGAUAGGCACCAAGAAAACUCGCCUAAAUGAUCAUUCUCUACGGAGGAAAAGCAACCAAGCCUUGAAGGAGUCUUCUGGUUAUUUGAGGCGCUCGUUUUGGCAGCUGGACAGAAUACACAAUUUAACCUUGCGGUAUGACGACCAUAGACGGACUACAAGGCUCUCGGAGACAAACCUACCCAAACGGAAAAUUAAAAAACCGAGGUGGCUCCUGGAGGACUCGGGAGCUCUCGAAGAGAACGUCCCACUGAAAAUGAAAAGGAACGGCCUGCGUCAAGAAAAGCACCUUCGAUCGUGCGUUGUGAAAAGAUCUCAGACGGGUCCGAUCAAGAACACCAAACACAAACCUUCAGUCAAAACGCUCCUCAAGGCACGAGAAAACGAUUACCAGAAUGGUUUUUCUUUAGACUGCUCUAAACCAACCCCCCCUCCACAAGUAGUUCUGGAGCUUUCUCUACCGGACAACGAACUGAUGGAUACGUUUAUCGAUGACGCUUGCAGCAAACCCCGGACUGUUCCUCAGGUACUUCUUUAUAGAUCAACUGUGAAAUUUCCUGACACUUCACCACCUGGCAAGACUAUUCACGGCAAAGAGGUGAUUCUUCGAGCACGGGACGCUAAUAUGCUUGUGCACCAACUGCACUGCUACGCUCGGCGACAAAGGGGAAAAGGUAAUGGCGCUAGUGUCCACGGGUCUGUAUCAGUCAUCACGCGUUCGUCAGCACAAGGAAGCCCUUCAAAGGAUUCGCCAGGAGAGCUUUGUGAGAAGCCUGUUUCAGAGUUGGGAGUUGGUACUGUUGAAACGGGUAAACAGACUGAAUCUCAAGCUCCUGAUGAAGUUCUUAAAGAUCAAAGUACAAAACCAGAGUUGCAACAAACUUCAGCUGUGGACCUCUUUGAAAACCCUCCAAUACCUGACGCUGAAAACAUUACAACAUCUCCAGAUGUGCUUAGGAGCACUCGUCAACCAACAGAAAGUGUUUUGGAAAGCAGCACUUGCACAAGAGACCUCCCUGAAAACUGUCCUACUGUGGAAGGUAUCGUAGCGUCACUGACUUUAGCAGAAGAAAUUAUAGAAGAGCCACUUUUACACAACGCCUCCCAAGCUCAGACUGUUACAGCAGCAGGAGAGCCCUUCGAGGAGCCAGCUGUUGAAAUGAAAGUCACCAUCGCCUCACAAUCUCCAGUUUUAGACAGAGUCCCCAAGUCUCCAACAGGAGAAGAUGUCCCCACAGCCCAGGUAUCGCAAACCACAAAGUUAGCCAAGAAUAAGAAGGUGGCUGCUGAUGAAAUCCAGUCGGUUUCUAUUAGUCCCAAUGUUUCAAACACUGGAGCUUCAGAUCCUCUAAACGGUCAAGAUGUUGCUUUGGAAAGUAGAGACGAGAGCAAGAACGUUACAGCAGAUGGUAGCAGUGUUUCCAUGAUGGACGUCGCAGACGAUUCACAGAAAGACUCGCAAGUAAACGUGCCUUGUAAAAGUGACACUAGCCCAGUAAAAACAGUUGUCCAGCCAUGUGAACCAUCUGAAACAAACACUUCUGCUAACAAAUCUAAAAUAAGUGGCAAAACUGCUCCAACUGUUACCGAUCUUGAGGAGCUUGAUGAUCACUUUAAAGAUGAACGCCAAACUCCAGGCAGUAGGGUCUCCAAAGACUCGAGAGGUGGAAGUAAACCCAAAGCUGGUCAGAAAACACCAACUACCUCUACGUGCUCUGUAUCAGAACAAGAAGUGUCUGUAGUUGACAGGCAAGAGAUAUGUGUUGAAGCAACACAGGAUGCUCUUUUGGAAAUGCCUGAAAACAGUGAGCUUAUGGAAACGCUACCGGAACCAGAGGAAUCAAAGUUGGAGCACUACUGCACGUUUUGCAGUAAGGACUUCAAGGGACCUCGUGUUGUAGAGCAUGCAAUGUUCCAUUAUCGUAAGGACGAGUGCACUUUUUGUAGGUUGAUCUUCAAAGAUGACCUGCUGGCCAUGGUGCACCUCUCCGAUCAUAUAGAAAAGCUAAAGAGGUGCAAAGAUCAAGAAAACGAGGUCUCUGUCGCCAAAGAUACCUCCACUCCUAAAACCACUGCCAAAGCAAAGACGACAAACCUGCCUUCGGGAUGUCAGGGUAAAGGGAAAGGAAGGAAAUUUAGCGUCUGUUCUGAAAGCAUUGUGAACAUAACCACAUCGGAAUCUAGAACGUUGCGAUCUAAUCUCAAACAAACCAGUGGCACGUCGUUACAUGAACUUCAAAAACAUGGUGAUGCUGGUGCUGCUGCUCACAGGGUAAAUGGCCAUAUUGGCCAAAAGACUGAAAUUACCAGACUGACGAAAGAUUUAGAUAAAAAUAAAGAGUUUGCGCAGCAAAAGAGUUCUCAAAGGAAGCGUGACGAAGAGGCAAGCUCGAGGUCGCAUAGAAAACCUCUUGAGAUGGAUUCUUCAGUUCAGGUAGACCAAGACUUAAAGUCCAGAGAAAAUGGAAAGGAUCUGAAAAUGGGCUCAAAACAAAAUGUUGAUGAAAAGAAAAAUGCUAAACCGCAAGAGAAACUCUGUUGUCCCGCAGAUGGAUGCUCCUGGUUCGCGGACAUAUCAAAGAACAGAGUUACACUCUUGUACCACGCUCUGGAAAAGCAUUACGGCGAGAUCAAACCGCUGGAGCUAGCCUUCCGCGUGGCAGAUAAUAAAUGCAGCAUUUGCAUGAGGGUUUUAUUCAGCUUCGAGCACUUUCAGCACCACGUUAAAAGACACAGACUCGUUCCACGGCAUCCAUGCCUUCAUCUCGGUUGCACAGAAAGGUUCAAAACUGGAAUGGAAAUGAGACGCCACGCUAGGAAGCACAGCCCGCUGCAGGCGACCUGCUGCCUCCCCGGAUGUUCUAAACUGUUCAUCUGUCUCUGGGCGCUGAACCUUCAUGAAAAGGAGCAUUAUGCUUCCAAGCCAGUUAAACACGAGAAGAGCACAGAUGUGCAUACUGGUGACAAACUUUGUGAAACACCCAGUAAGAAACCGGUUUCAGAGGGCAACACAGAGUCCACUUCUGGAUAUGAGACGACGACGAAGGACGAAAGAGAAGAGACCAAGAUCUCAGUCGUCAAAAACGAAGAGAAUGCGUUAACCGAGAAACAUCCUAGUGAGAAUAAAACCCCCACCUUAAAAACCAUUUCUAAAUCAAAGUGUGACCCCAAACAGCAGGACAAGGCUAAAGGAGCAGCAAUGAUUUUACAGGGAUUGCAAAGACUUAUAAAGAGCACUCUUGACGAGAAGGAAAAAAGAAAAGAGGCUUCCGCUCCAUCCAUACCCACCGAUACCGUCAAUAAGGCACGUUUGUCAUCCGCCACCGAAGAAAACAAGCCAAAGCUAAACGGACGCGACCACGCUCAGAAACCCAGUGUUGAGAAAAACGAGUCUGGGGCUGACAAAGUCGGCAAGAAGCGCAAAAACGUUGGCAAUGACGACGCAAAAACGGUUGCCAAGAAAAAAGGUAAACGUUCAGCCAAGAAAGGUGGAAAACCUUCAGCUGAAGCCCAGUCAGCGGCAGGAGAGAGUUCCGAAUGCGAGGACAAAAAUCCAUCGGAAACGCCCUUUACUUCAAAGAUGUCUGUCUGCUCUCACACCCUGAGCAGCGCAGUGCUGACUGACGACGCAACGUUUAAACCGUGCAAGGCGACGCUCGCCGAGUACAGCAAGAAGCCGUACAUGCGUGUGCCACCAUCGGUGUACCUGGAUGAAAGGUUCAUCACCAUGCCGAAGCGAAGGAGGGAUUUGUUACUCCACCGGAGUCAAGGAAUGGUUUCUCCGGAACCGGUAUGCGUGAAGCCUGCUCAGCAGAGGCAUCGAUGCGCUAACUGCUUCACUACUUUUAUCAGUGCUGAGGAGCUGAGGAGCCACGUGGAGAGGCAGAAGUGCUCAAACCUCUUUGGAUUUGACUCUGAUGAUGAGGGUAGCGGCUGAAUACGUCGACAUCUACAGAGGUUUUGGAAGGUGAACGGACCUGCGGAC